AUGAGUCUACUGUGCUGGAACUGUCGGGGUACGGGUGGCACCCGGACAGUUCGCGAACUCUUGGGCAUUGUGUCCAAGGAGCGUCCCGAAUUUUUCUUUUUAAUAGAGACAAAAGCAACUGAAGUUCAGAUGGAAACAUUAAGAAUAAAAUUGGGUUUUGAUAGCAAGGUUUGUGUGGAACGAACGGGAUUCGGGGGAGGUUUGGCUUUCUUCUGGAGAAUUACUAGCACUGCAUCUCUAAUGAGUUACUCCAACAAUCACAUUGACAUGGAGAUUUCCAUACCAGGGCAACCAAUGUGGCGACUAACUGGGUUUUACGGCGAAGCAGACAGAACACAGGGAAUCCACUCUCACCCUUCGGCGCUAAUAGAAGGUUUCAAUGAUGCACUAUGCGACUGCGACCUAGUAGACCUGGGCAUGACUGGAGCGAAGUUUACGUGGGAGAAAGGCCGAGGGACAGAGGACUGGGUAGAAGAGCGUUUAGAUAGGGCCGUGGCAACCAUGGACUGGAUGGAGAUUCACGACACUGUACAGGUCAAAAACAUUUAUACCAAUUCCUCUGACCAUUGUGCUCUUCUAGUAGACGUACGGAAGGGCCCUGAACGAGUAGCUAUGCGCAAAUUCCGUUUUGAGAAUGCGUGGUUACUUGAAGAGGGCUGUGCGAAGGUCGUGGAGGAAGCGUGGCAGUGUUCCCGAGAUUUAAACUUCCAGGAUCGACUUGUUAGAUGCGGGGAGAGACUAUGGAAAUGGGGCGGUGAGUACCACCGUCGUUUUGGUGCUCGUAUCAAAACGUUACGACGUAUUCUACACCAAUUAAAGGAGGAUCGCGAUCCCCACGCAGUUGAACAGUUUGGUGCGGCAGAGUUUGAGCUUGAGGGGCUGUUGAAAGCCGAAGAAGUCUUUUGGAAGCAACGAUCCAAGCAACUCUGGCUCAAACAAGGGGAUUCGAAUACCAAAUUCUUCCACCGCACGGCCACUGCUCGCCGACGUAAUAAUACACUGCUGCAUAUUAAAGACCACUCUGGUGAUUGGGCAGAAGGACCGGGAAUGCAGGCUGAAAUAAUCAGGUAUUUUAAUGAUAUUUUUGGCGCCAACACUUGUACUGCAUCCAUCUUUGAUCGCGUUCGGGCAAGAGUGACUGCUGAGAUGAAUGUGUCCAUGUCACUCCCCUUUACAAUUACGGAUGUAAAAAUAGCAGUUUUUGAUAUGGCCCCGGACAAAUCACCUGGGCCAGACGGAAUGUCACCGGCAUUCUUCCAACAUUUUUGGCCGGUAAUCGGCCAUGAUUUAACUCUGUUCCUUAUCCAAUGUGUGGAACAGAAGCAGUUCCCACCCGGGUUUAACGACUCACACAUUGUUCUAAUCCCGAAGAAACCAGUCCCAGAAAAAGUCUCAGAUCUUAGACCGAUCGCGCUUUGCAAUGUGGUCUAUAAAAUCCUAGCAAAAAUGUUGGCCAACAGAAUGAAAGUGACAUUAGACCAUGUUGUGUCACAAACACAAAGUGCUUUUGUGCCGGAUCGGUUGCUCACAGACAAUAUAAUUUUGGCCGGGGAAGUUGGGCAUUUUUUGCGUAGGAAAACGGGUGGCUUACAGGGGUGGGCCGCGUUGAAAUUAGAUAUGGCCAAGGCGUAUGACCGGAUGGAAUGGGCCUUCCUGGAGGGAAUGGUUCGGGUUAUGGGUUUUGAUAAUGGGUGGGUGGAUCUUCUCAUGUUAUGUGUUACAACUGUGAAAUAUACUAUUUUAGUUAAUGGGGAGGCAGCGGGUCUGAUUAAACCCACUAGAGGCAUCCGCCAAGGAGAUCCGUUAUCUCCGUACCUGUUCAUAAUUUGUGCGGAGGGAUUAUCCAUCCUUCUACAACAGGCAGAAGCACGAGGGGAUGUACAUGGGGUGAGGGUGGCUCGGGGUGCUCCGACCAUCAAUCACUUAUUUUUUGCUGACGACAGUCUCCUUUUUUUCAGAGCAAACGAACAUGAAGCAAAAACUAUUAAAGAAUGUCUUGAUGUGUAUAGUUCGGCAUCCGGUCAGCUAAUCAAUUAUGACAAAUCUAGUGCUGUUUUCACCUGUAAUACGAUAGCUUUUUCCCGAAAUAUUGUGACCGAUUUGAUUGGGGUGCACGAGGCUAAGGAUCUUGGGCGUUAUUUGGGUCUUCCGUCAGUCUUGGGCCGAAAUAAAAUUGCUAUAUUCCGUUACAUUGAGGAGAAGGUCCGUGCAAGAAUUGGGUUAUGGCAGCAUCGACUUUUAUCGCGUGCAGGUAAAGAAAUUCUGUUGAAGAGCAUUGCUCAAUCCCUCCCAAUAUUUACCAUGUCAGUUUUCUUAUUACCUAUGCGGACCUGCGACACUUUAGAGAAGAUGUUUAACCGAUAUUGGUGGGGUGGCGGGGAGGCAGGAAAACGAGGGAUCCACUGGCUAAGCUGGGAUAGACUUUGUGAACCAAAGAAGAAAGGUGGACUCGGCUUUAAGAAACUACAUGACUUUAAUCUGGCCAUGUUGGCCAAGCAAGGUCUUAAAGGCCAAAUACUUCCCGAAGACGGAGUUUUAGAGGCUUACAUAGGUACGAACCCAAGCUAUAUAUGGCGAAGCAUCUUGGCCGGCCAACAAGUACUCAAAUUGGGCGUGGCACGUCGAAUUGGUGACGGACGUGACACAAAGAUAUGGGGCUGGAAUUGGCUUGCGGGACAAACCGAUUUGGCUCUUGUGACUCCGUGUGUGGAUGAGCUACGGGAGGCCAGGGUACAUGGGCUGCUUGACGCCAGGGACCAAUGGGACGAGGAUAUCAUCCGUGAUCUUUUCCUUCCAGCUGAUGUGGUAAGAAUUCUAGCAACCCCUGUUCAUACUCAGUACCGAGACUGUUGGCGUUGGGUGGGGGAUAUCCAGGGCAAAUACACUGUUAAACACGAUUACCAAUUGCUUCGAGAAAUGACAUCUCAUCAAGCUUGUAUGUCCGAUUUUCAUGCCUGGGACGCACUUUGGACACUGCCUAUACCGCCAAAAGUCAAGAACUUUUUAUGGCGUUGUGCACGUAACAUACUGCCCGUACGGGAUAACCUUCGAACCAAACAUGUAUGGAUUGGAGGUGGCUGCCUGAUAUGUGGUUUCGUUUCGGAAACUAUUGAACAUUUGUUUGGGGGUUGCGCGUUUGCACAGGAAAUAUGGGAAUCUACGGAUGUGUUAAACGGCCGUAACGUUUUUGAGAUGAUGGAUGCACAAAUUGGACACUCAACGAUGCGUGACCGGUUGAAGAUCAUCUGGAAAGAAGGAUAUACUCGUCCGGAUAGCCGAAGACCGAGAACACGACAUGCGACUGAUAAUUGGACUCCACCACCACAAGGCACGGUUAAAUGCAAUACUGACGCGGCGUUGCGAGGGGGAGAUGCUUACUAUGGGGCCGUUCUCCGGGACCACGAAGGCCAUUUUAUAGCAGCUCGGUGCGGACGUCUUGUGGGCGAGAAGGACCCGUAUGUGGCCGAGACAUUGGCGGCUCGAGAAGCAUUGUCUUGGUUGAAAACCCAAAGAAUCAGGAACAUUAUUCUUGAAUCAGAUUGCCUUAAUUUUUGCAAUGCGUUUAAUAAAUGUAUUUCUGAUUAUUCGUAUGUAGGUCUUAUUGUAAAGCAAUGCAUGGCAAUUGCUAAUGACAUCGGGAACGUCACGGUAUCCCAUGUUAAUCGUUCAGCAAAUUGUGUAGCCCACGAAUUAGCCCGGGCAACUCAUUCUACAGCUGACACAAGGGGUGUGUUUUAUUCGCACAUGAAAAUCGGAAUCAAAAUAAGAAUAGAUCAAAUUGGAGACUGCAAAGCCUUCAUGAGGAUGUUUGAACGUUGCCUCAUCACCCACACGCUUCGUGAAGGCAAUUGGUGUGCUGAUGCACUGACAAACUUGGGUCAAAACAGCAGCUGGGGGACAACGAUCCUCACUCUCCCGCCGGAGGAGAUACAAUCCAUUCUGGAUAGUGACGCUCAAGGCGUUGCAAUAAGAAGAAUCUACUAA